AUGACGAUCGUCAUUGAUCAAAACUUCAACGCUUUCGCUCAGUUUCCUCAGACUCCGAAUCCUUCAGAAUCCGCAAAGCACCAGCUGCUACACGACGUCGGCAUUGCUGCACUCGAACUUCUUGGUCUCGCAGUCGGCAGCUUUCUCCUCAGCGCCAUCACCAGUAGCUUGUGGAUAUGGACUGGAGAACACAACGUGCGCGAAGUACGCCGAAGAGUUUUCGGGAGUGUCCUCAGUCAGGAAAUGAAGUGGUUCGAUAUGAAAACACAGGGCGAUAGUGUCGGCUCUGCGGGACUUAUGGCACAGUUCAAUCAGGAUACCGAUUCCAUUCACCUAGCUUCUUCGUUAGCUUCUGGUUUACUACUCCAGCACCUUGUUACAACCAUCACUGCCCUCGUCCUUGCUUUCGUCGGUUCUCCGCUAUUGGCGCUCCUCACUCUAUCUACUGUCCCCAUCCUAUCAAUUGUUCAAGCAAUCUCCCAGCGUCUUGCCGGUCCUUUACUCAUGAAUGAACGCAAGGAUGGAGGGCAGUUGGCUACACUCCUUGAACGUACCUUCACCUUCAUCUCUACUGUAAAAGCCUUCACCGCUGUGCCCUUUCACAAGGCCAAGCUUCACAAUCUGCUCACCGGACGUAUGCGCUCUAACGAAAUCUCUUUCAACGCCAUAUGGGGUCCUUCGAGUGGCUCUUCACAAUUCGUCAUGAUCAGCAUGUUUGUCCAGGCAUUCUGGUUUGGCUCCAAGCUUGUGCGCGAAGGCACUAUCCAGCCGGGCGCCGUCAUGAGCGUAUUCUGGGCUUGCUUAAUCGCGACGAGCAACCUUCAAAUGUGUGUCCCUCAGCUGGUUACCGUCGGCAAGGGCAAGGUCGCAAUGGCAGCUUUGAUGGCUCUAGUAAAGGAGAACCCCGACUAUCAACCAGAUGUAGAAGUCUUGCCACCUUCGCACCCUUACAACACACCGUCUACUCCUAUAUCAGCGACUUUUCCUCCCCACUCCCCUGCGUCGUCUGCGACGUUGACCACCUACUCUGCACGUCCCGGCUGUUCCAUACAUCACUCUAGUACCACCAAAUCCCGCGUUCUUCGCAAAAUCCGUCCUUCCAGGUUCAAAGGGGACAUCAAUCUGAACCAAGUUUGCUUUGCUUAUCCUUCACGGCCGAAUCAUCCGGUUCUCAUUGAUGUCGACAUGUACAUUCCCGCUGGAGAGAUAACCUUCAUCGUCGGCUCCUCGGGCUCCGGGAAAUCUUCUCUGACCGGCAUCAUCGUUGGGCUGUACAAACUCAACCGCAAGGAAGGUAGCAGUGGCGAAGUUCUACUCGACGAACAAAAUCUGGAGUAUCUCGACCCAGUCUUUGUCGCAGCAAACGUAGGAAUCGUCAGUCAAGCUCCUCCGGUUCUCCUUGGUGGCCAAUCCGUUCAGGACAACGUCGCAGUUGCUCUUGCUGCACAUCCAGAACGCACAAUGGAGAGUGCCACAGAAGCGGAAGUUGUGAACGCGUGCACACUUGCUAUGCUCCACGAGUUCAUUCGUGACCUUCCAGAAGGAUACAAUACUGUCCUUGGUGGCGAUGGAUCCGUUGGCAGACAGUCGGAGGACGAUGCUGGUAUUCAGCUUAGUGGCGGCCAGAAGCAACGACUUGCACUUGCUCGUGCACGGCUACGAAACCCUUCCUUGUUGAUUCCUGCUACGAUUUGGAGCAUAUCAAAUGUGGAAGCUGCUCGAACAAAAGCAGAAGCAAAAACCGAACAACUGGAACAGAAGAUGGAAGAGAUAAUCCAAGAACGCAUAAAGCAGAAGGAGAAUGAAUUCAACGCCACUCAUGACGAGAAAUUGCGAAAUUAUGAAGAUCGGUACAAAAUUCUAGAAAUUCAUCGCGUAUACUCGCUAGGAAUCAAGAGAUUUUCUCUGGAGACGAUGAAGAUGAAUGUUCUCCACGGUCGCCUGAAUUUGAUAUCGAAUUGGAUAUCGAGUUCGCUCCAGAGGGCUUUGAAUCUGAAGCUUUCAAUGCGGCUUCCUUGGAAGUCCAUCAACCUUUGUCUGGGUGGCUGA